UUUUUAUGUAGUCUGCCUUUAACCGCACCGCAUCUGCGUGUCCUCUUGUGAUGCACACAUGAAAGAAAGUGUUUGGAAACGGACGCGGUGAACGGCGUUUUUUGGGGGGGCUGACGAAAACAAGCGGUCCACCAUUGUCUGCGUAGAAAUAAGAAUGGCCUGGAUGUGGAAGAGGAAGUCGUUGAUCGCCACCAUUCUGAUCGUGGCGGUGUCGCUCUUUGUGGUCGUGGUGAACUACUCGGAGAAGCCCUACGUCCUCCUGCAGCCAGUGUUCGGGCAGACCUUCAGCAGCCACUGGAUGUUCUCCAAGCAGCCCUACAAGGCCUUCAAGCCUCACCUGGGCUAUGUUAGCAUCCCCAAACAGGAGCCUCUGAAGCUGCACUGUGAGCUCUGCAGCAUUGUGUCCAGCUCUGGCCAGAUGUUGGGCAAGGCUGCCGGCCCGCAGAUCGACCGCUCUCCCUGCAUCUGGCGGAUGAACAAUGCUCCCACAAGGGGCUUUGAACAUGACGUGGGCCAGAGAACCACGCUGAGAGUCGUCUCGCACACCAGCGUCCCCCUGCUGCUGCAGAAGCCCCAGUACUUCUUUGGCCAGGGCAACGACACCGUCUAUGUUGUGUGGGGGCCCCUACGAAACAUGAGGAAGGAUGGGAAGGGAAUCGUGUACAACAUGCUGCGACAGGCGGCUGAGAACUAUCCUCAUGCACGAAUCUAUGUCAACACAGAGGACAGGAUGAACUACUGCGACAUGGUCUUCAAGAAGGAGACGGGAAAAGACAGGAUCCAGUCCGGCUCCUACCUCAGCACCGGCUGGUUCACGCUCAUCCUCGCCAUGGACAUGUGCAAAGAGAUCCAUAUCUAUGGCAUGAUAAAUGACACCCACUGCAAGACGGAGGGUAACAAGAAGGUUCCCUACCACUACUACGAGGCGGGCAGCCGGGAUGAGUGUGCAGAGUAUCUGCUCCAUGAAAGCGCCCCCUACGGUGGGCACCGCUUCAUCACAGAGAAGUCGGUGUUCGCCAAGUGGGCCAAAACUCAUGCCAUCAAGUUCUUCAACCCAACAUGGCAGCUGUCGUGACCCUGGCUGAACCAACAUGGAAAUACUACACCAUUAUCAUCAUCAUCAUUGUCAUCUGGGGACCAACUGAAUCUCGACACUGACAGAAAAUGUGUUCCCUAAUGUGCGGCAACAUUCAUUUUUGGCACAAAUUAAACUCCAUAUACAUUACAAGAGGUUGGUUGAGGGUUGUUUGUCAAGUCCUGGAUUAGCCAUCCAGGAAGUCCUUGGGGUUUUAUUUAUUUUUUAUUUUUUUUGGGUCACUCAAUAAGACAGAAUUAAGGUUUGACCAACCCGGACAGCAAAAACAUAUCUUUCUCAGAAAUUAAGUAUUUUUUCUCCUGAAUCUGAGAGCUGAAGAAAGUGUACAGCACUCCACUCUUCAUUGACUAAUGGAUCCAUUAGCUGCUCUAUGAGUUUAGCAAAGGGUGGCUUGAAUAUUAAGAAAACAACAAGAAGAAACAACAACCAUGCAUCAACUUGCAGUGACCUUAAUGGCUCACAUGUCCGCAGGUGCAUCGGAAAGGCUGAAUAAUUUUUUUUUUUUUCCAAGACUGUAGCUGGAGAAGAGCUCAGCCACUGCAGAGACGAGUCACGUUGCCAUGGACGUCUGUUGAGCUCGUAUACUACUGCUUUCUCUGCAUGUCUGUCUUAUUCUGUCAGGCUGUAAUUAAUCCAUAACAGAUUCAUUCAUGUAUUCAUCCUUGACUGAGGAAGUAUUGAAGUUGGGUUUAAUUUCACUCUGUUGCGUCUAAGGAAGCUUCAGCAAGCAAGAUCCUUUAAAUAAUAAAACACAAGUGAGCAAAUUUCAGUCAAACCCGAAGGUAAACCAGAUGUGCAGAUGUGAGUCAGCUCUUUUUUAUCGUAAGGCUUGGUUGUUGUGCUGUGUGUGAACUCACACAACUUACAGAUGCCAGCUUUUUUUUCUUUUAUAAUGCUGUGAAGUUUCAUUGUAAGAGACAUGUUUUGGCGUUGGCUUGAUGUCCAGAUGGGUUGCUAAUUUAUUCUGCAGAGAUACGUUGCUAACUCUCUUUAACAGCGUGCCAUUGACAGCAUCACAUAGAGCAAUGUGCAAUUUGAAACUCCAUCCUUAUGGAAGGAGUUAAAUCAUUUGUGACCCUGUAGGGGGAGAGAUUUAUGUGUGCAGUGAAUCUAUUUGAAGUUAAUUGUAUUCUAUUAUCAUUUUGUGCCUGCAAUAUACUCUGCAGUUCAUUGUAUAGAGACAAUAUAGAGUCUCAGUCUCUCUCUCACUCAUAUUCUCAUCCAGCUUUGUGCCUCUUUGUGUACAGUAUCACUGUGUGAACACACCCUCCCAUUUGUCUUUGAAAGUGUGCACGUCUCCUGGUUCAGGACAUUACAUUUGAAUGCAUCUGUUCCAAGAUGGUGAAGAAUAGUCAGUGAAGCGCAGAGGUGUGUAGGUUGGUUGGUAGCUGUGGAGGGCUGAGACACUCUGGCUGUGACCGUGAACUGUACCCCCCCCCACCCCCUCCCCUCCGUGAUUAGUGUCUGUGGCCCAGAAGGGAGGAGUGGAAGGAUUCAAAGACUUCUAAUUUAGGCGAUUUGAUGCACAAGGUCCCUGGCGACUGUAAUGUACUGCAGCUGAGCGUCACAAUCUCACUCCUACUGCAUAGUACUGUUUGCUAUCACUCUCCAUUUUGGGCUAUCUGUCAAUAAGCAAUGAUUUGGUGAUUUACAAGUCAAAAAGACCUAUACCGUAAGUUCAAACUGGCAGGUUUUUGGAUGUCUUGGCAGGGCCGUAGCUACCAGUAAGGACUCUGAGGUCAUGUUCAACUUGGGAGUUUACAUAGUGUAAUGUGGUGAGGAUUUUGUAAGCCAAUUUCAGUUCAACCUCAAUUCAGAAUACUUAAUUCAGUAUUAACACAGUACACAUAAACAAUCUCAAAAAAUUAUACCCAAACUUAUCUUAUCUGAGGGUGGUGGGGUGUGUUUUGGGGGGACUCGUGACCUCAGUAUUUUAAAAUUCAUAUAACUAUUGUUUCAACAACAUUCAAAUGACUAAAAUCCAAUGCAGACCAGGUCCUAACUACACAUUGAAAUGUAUUUCUUGAAAUGCUGCUGAAGAAAUACUUCUAUAAAAACUAGCCCCUUCCCACUGCACUAACCUUUUAAGGACCCCAUGAACCUUUUAGGAACUCUUCCUGCAUUUCAACCAAAUAAAUAGUGUCUACAUUUAGUUCCUGGCCUGUGGGUAGCACCUUCAGGUGGUCCAGGAACCAUUAAGCAGUGAUCGGACAGAGUGCAGUUUUUGCAGUGAGAGGUGCAUUGUUGCAUUUGUGGUUGAAUAUUACAUUUCAAAUGAAGCUUUCAUUGUUUAAGCCAUUAUCAGUCCAAUCAGCUUAAUCUUCACUGUUUUUCGGAUGCAAGGGAAGCAGAAAUAUGCAGUUCAGUUUGUUUUGUUUUGUGAGUUUAAGUGUUUGGGUUCCUUAGCAUCUAAAGCUAUUUGGUUGAACAGGACACUAACUAACUUUUCAAGCAAAUUUAGUAUGAUUAUGUCAAAGUACUAUUAUCAAUUUCAAGAAUUAACCUUUCUUUCAGACUGUCUUGAAGUCAGAGAACAGCCACUGAGUUUGCACGUCAACUAAUCCAUCUCCUUGAACGGAGCAGUUUCUUUGCCCUAAUGAAGACUGUGUGACAAAGCUCCAGACAAAGCUAAUAUGUGGCAGAAUGUUUUUAGAUGUAUUCCAGUUUUAAAUCGGACAACUGUUUUGACCUGAGAUAACCAUCCCCCCCUGCAUCUGGGUUAUUGUGUGUCAGCUGCAUGAUUGCAAAUACGUUUGGCUUCUCUUGCUUGAGGACAAGUAAAUUCUGAUCUCUCUUGGUUGUCCAGACAGAGCAAGGUAUCCUCAAGAUUUACAAAGACUGUCCUACAACUCAAAACUCAUUGUAAGUCAACCUAACCGGCUAGAGCGUCAGCAAAAUGUAAAAGCAAUCCGUUUUAAAUUCCUCCCGGUGUAGGUUAGCGUAUAGGAGAAGGAUGUAACACAGGUAGGGUCAUGGUUCCGCUUUCCUCUGGGACGACACGUGCUCGUGGGGUAUGCUGUAGUCUGGCACUGCAAGCAGCUGCAGAUCAAAUGUUUCCACCACACGAUAUAUGUAAUGCAGAAAUGUCUUACGGUAGUAUUUCCUGUUCAGGAAGCCUGAAGAUAAGAUUUGGGCCUCAGGGAGAGUUGGAAUUACACUUCUUUCUGUUGAGGCGUGAAUUCAUACAGUAUGCCAUGCAUGUUACAUGAUUAACGUACAUCUUUUAUACAUUUCCACACAGCCCUUGAUUGUGCAGUCAUCUGGCAGCUCUCCACCACUCAGUUUUACCUCUGCUGUACAGUAUAUCCACCAUAAAUUGUAAAGCGCUUCACACCAAGAUAAGAUAUGAAGUUGUGUGUUAUGGUGCAUUAUUUGAAAAUUGCAGCAGCACCGUGUUCCUUCUUCUUGCUCAUCUUACAUUCUCCUUUUGUUGAGGUUUUUAAAAAAUAAUGUUUUUAUUUAUUUAUUUUUUUGAUGCAGUGGUUUCUGUGCAGUUUUUUUUCUGCUGCAGGUUGCAUGUUGCCAACAUUUUCUGCUGUUUCAGGCUGUGCUCUCGGUUAUUUUCUGAUCACCAAACACUCCGUUGUUCUCAGCUAGAACACACAGGAAGAAUACCCACAAAUGUAUUAUACAGGAUAUUAUGGAGAACACUCCCUCCUAUAGGCUCCCAUGAAUCAUCUAUGGCUCACAGGAGGAGUAGACACAUUCACUGCGAAUAAGUAACACCAUGAAUAAAAGUGGGAGCAGAGUUGGAGGAUAAAUAUUAAAUACUUCUAAUUUUCAGAGAUUUUUUUUUAAUUUCAAGAAAUUUUUUUUAACUUAAGACAUGUUGGGAAAAAUGUUUGUUUGCUUUCUUGCUGGGACUGAGAAGUUAGUCUCGUAUCCAUAUGGUAAAUAUGAAGUUAAAGCUUAGCUUAGCAGAAAGACCGCUAGCCUGGCUCUGACCUGAGGUAAGAAAAUCUGCCUACAAGCACCUCUAAAGCUCACUAUUUAACACAUUGUAUUUAAUUUUUUAAAUGCAUAUAAACUGUGUAAAAAAAAAUGUAAAACCAACAAUUUCUUUUACUGGUGGUUAUGUGCUGGGCUAUUUCUUGGCUCUGAGCUGUUGCCAGUCAAUUAGCUUAAGACUCCAGGAAGUUGCGGUACCUGUCCUGUCCAUAAAACAUUGUCUGAGGUUUCCUUACUUCUGGAACAGAACAUUUUGGUUUCGCUCUCUAUAACCUGUCACUUUUUUAGGUUUUAGUACUGAAAUGAGAUUACGUGUAAAUUAGCAAGCCUUAUUUGUACAGUGCCAGGCUAGCUGUGUUUCCCUGUUUCCAUGAUAACCAGCUGUUGGCUGUAGCUUCAUAUCUACCAUACAGAUAUGAGAGUGAUAUGAAUUUUCUUAUCUAGCUCUUUGUGAAAGUGAAAAUUUCCCAAAAUGACUUAAAUUUCCCAGAUUUUUUGUUAAUCUCUGAUUCAGGUUUUUUUGUUUUCAUCCACAGCUUAAAAGGGAUAAUUUAAACUGGCCCCAUUUCAGCAGUGAAAUUUGCUUGGAAACGGCUUUCACCCAUCCUCAAACCUGAAGCAGACUUUUUUUCUUCUUUGUUUUUCUUCUCCUCUCUUUGUACCUUGCUAUAUAUUGCUUGGCAACAGACAUGGCAGCAGAAUGAGCUCCUAUUGUUAACUCGUUGUAUAUAAUACAAGUUAAGUUAUAAGUUAAAAGGCAAAUUGAAGGUCACUUCUCUUAGUUGAGUUGAUUUUAAAAAACAGUCCUGAUUAAAACGCCUCGGUCUGGAGGAA